AUCGGUUACGGCCCAGUCAGGCGUGCUAUGGCGCUCUCGUGUGCUACGUAGUCCUUCUACAUUUUUCUGGGCCAUGGUAGAAGGUACUCCUUCGCUGGCGUCCUUCACAUUCAGCAUCCCCCCGGUUAGAUUGCCGGUUCACCGGCAUUAUUUGCAACAUUCCGGAACUGUCGCCGGAACCACCUGAUCAAUAGAAAAGCGUCGGAGCUGGGCCUGAUUCCACUGCCCGCGAUGCUUCCAGCACAUUCCAUUCCCUCGCAGAUCUCGCAUCCUGCUACACACAAUCUCAAUCUGGCAUCACUGAUGCGAGCACGUUCCGCAUCACACGACGCCGAAUCAGUUCCGGAACGUCAUGUGAUUCCAAUGAAUUCAUUGACAAACGCACACGUCCCCGCGCUGUGUUUGCGUUUUGCGAUCAAGUACCCCAACAAAACCUUUUGAUGCAUGGGCGGCCUCCUGUAACUUACGGGCGUCUUGGAAGGAAGCGCGCCAAUGAGGCGUCAACUCGACGCCAAUCACACGCGCCAUCAAGCGAGGCGGACAAUCAUAAUCAUGCCGCUGGCAUGUCACCGCUGACGCCAAAAAAGGUGGUUCCUGAGACGAGGGUCUAUGUCGAGAUCCUCACCCCAAGUCCUCCGAGCGCAAAGAAGCAGGUGUCUAACACAAGUCCCUCGUCCCCCUAUGAUGUUCCGAGGCACGCAUACAAGCCACUACGCCCAGCCCACGAAGACAGCAGCAGUGAUGACCCUCUUAGACUCAUGCCUUCCCCAAAGAAGAGGAGGCGAGCUGAUUCUCGUUCUGGACCUGAAACAUCUCCAUUGCACAGCGUGACGCACAAGACUAAGCGUCCUAAAUCAAUUCCCGAGCGCGAUCCCUCCUCUAUUUCCCCUUUCCGCAGAAGCCCUUCACCAUUUGGGCCGUCGAAUACAACGUUCACUGCGAUGCCGACAUCUCCUAGCGCCCUAGAACCCCUAUCGAACCCGCCACCUGCCAUUAAAGGGUCUAAACAAGAGGAUACAUACGAUAGGCGAACACCGGAGCCUAAAUCUAAAUCUAUUCCCUCUGCAUCAUCAUCAAAUGCAGUUGCCUUACCUGGCUCCCCAUCCAGAGUUAAAGAUCUUUCACGAUUAUUCGAAAGUAUCGAUAUCCCUGUUCAUGGAAUCUCACACUCGCCAGCCCGAAGUGGGGUGUCGGGCCCUGCACCCGGAACCCCGGCCAAGCACAGGAUGCUGCGUCGCGCAGUGACACUAUCUGAAGCCGUGCCAUCCCCAGUCACUUCCAUGAAUUCGCCCGGGCGUCCGAGCACACAUCCUUCCCUUAAUUCAAGCCCUUCACGCCCGCUUGGUCUUCCCGGGACCGUCUCCUUACCGAAUAUUUCACUCCGCAUAGAUGAGAAUCCCACUCUCCCGUCCAUCCGGCCUUCUGUACCACCCUCGAACGACACUGGGUCUGCCUCUGCUGAGGCUCUUCCGCCACCAACUCGACCUAGCGUCCGAACUUACUCAGCCUCCCGAUCAUUUCUUGCUCCUAUCCGUCUCACAUCUAAUACAAACGAUGAAGAGAAUCAACCUCAAUCCCAGCCACAAUCCUUCACGCUAGAUCCCGAAUCCCAAGAGCUUUUCCACGAGUCGUAUGCUGAGAUGCGGAAACGGCUGCGUGUAGAUGCUUCUUCGGAUGAUGGGAUCGACGAGGGUUUGAUGGGUCCUCUGGACCUGAAAAGUAUAAGCGAGUUGAGAGACAAAGGCGAGAACAGGCGGUUCUUAGAUGAAAUGGGAUACUUGCUGGAGGGGAUGAAUCCAGAAAUGACCGUUUCCGUCAAGCGACUAAGUGUUAUCAAGCUUCUAGAUAAUAUGUGCUCCCUAGAAUUUGUUCGGAGGGCUGCCUCAGCUGACGCCAUCGGGUCAGCAUGGACUAUAUUGCGAAAAUCGAACGAUGCAGGGGACAAGAUAUUAGAUGUAUGUCUCGUCAUUUUCGCUGCGUUAGUGGCUAGAGAAGCAAGACCUACGGACCUCCUUGCUUCAGAAUCGGACGUUGGCGAACAUUUGGGGAUGGUCGUGCAGUGGUCCCACGAUGUCGAUCCAUUUGGUUUCUUUGUGGGGAAUGGACGAUCUGAGGAUGCCAGACUGCUGAAGAUCGGGAAGCCCGAACGGGUGCUGAUCCAGCAAUUACGCUCCUUCGUUAGGAAAGGGAAACUCCUCUCGGAGGAGAAUUAUAUCACGAUCCGACAACUAGCGUCCCAGGCCCUGUUCAAAAUGCGUUCCCAUCAUGUGGCCGUCUUUCCAUAUAUAAUAGCCUCGCUGAAACUCGAGCUACCUCUGCUGAAUUCGCGGGUCGACGGUUAUACGAAGGGUCUCGAACUCCUCCCAUCCACUUCGUUUAACACUCCUAGCCUAGAGCACGUGGACAAUUGCCUGUGCGUUUUGGAAAGCAAGCUCCUGGAAUUUCAGAGUGUUCCGGAAACGGAAAUUAUUCAAUCCGACCUGUUAUCGGUGCAAAAGGAAUUUGUCGAAGGUCUCCCAGCGACGUUGCUAGUGUGCCAGAUUCUCAGUCUGGAAGAGAGGGAAGAUUUUUUUGAUGGUACACACCUGAUGAUCAGCUGCUUAAGAACCUUGGUGAAUCUUGUAGAAUUGGGAUCUAACUGGCGGACACCGAUCUUAUCGAACAAUCUUACUGUUCCUGCAUGUUUGCGCAUCAUUUCGUCUUAUGCGGCGAAAUCGACGGCUGUUAGACAAGAUGAUGAUGCAGCGAACAAGCUUGACAUUCUUUGCAUGGCGCUGGCGCUGAUCACUAGUCUAGUACAAGGAGGGGGUAAUGGUCCAGAGCUCAUUUCUUCUUCAUUGGUCGACCCUGAAUGUGCCCUGGCUCGGUCAUGUCUACGAGGUUGUCGGUGUCGCGCCAGGAUCAGUGGGUUGCAAUGCGUCGUUAACCUGUAUGUCGACCAGACAAAGGAAAGCGCCGAACUGGGCAGUGCCGAAGCCAACUUCUUGAAAGGUCACUUGGCUGUCCUACUUGCCCUUCUUUGCUCAAAUGACGGCACAGGCUCAUUCGAGAAGAUCAUCGAUCUCCUCCCUGGUGGAUCGAGACCCUCGAAGCUUCAAUCUUGGAUCGAUGCUGUCACUGAAUUUACGUUCCUCUAUGCGGACCUCACCACACGAUUUGCGAAAGCUAUUCAAGCUUCUCACUUGGAGCAUACGCCGGAAGAGGGAGUUGACACCGAGGACGAUGAACAGCCAUCAUCCUUGUCCAAGCUGGACCAGGCGACCUAUUCCACUAAUAGUCUGUUGCGAAUGCAGCGGGAGUCGCAAGGUCAGAUGAAAGGUGUUGAGCUUGCGCGUAGUGUCCUUCAUACAUUACGGCGGUUUCAGAUGACGACCUGAUAAAUCUUUGAUGAAUCUUCGAGUGUAUUAUUGUUUGUACCAGCCGUUUUUCUGCUUUUCUGUCACAUGCAUCAAAAUCUGGAUUCAAACGUGGAGUUGCACCGUAAUAGAGGGCCAACGGCCUUACG